AUGAAGACUCCGCUCGUCGCACUCACCGCCGUCCUCGUUACCCUCGCAGCGGCGAGUCCCGUGGAGAUUCGGGACGGCAGAGUUCCCUCUCAAAUCCGUCCGGGAUCCAAUGCAAACUUGUGCCUUUCGGCUGUGGGGUGUAUCGGCCCUGGUACUGAAGUCGAGCUCCAGCCGUGCUCGCAGACUGCCGGAACCAAGAACAUCUGGCUCAUCGUCAACUGGACCACGACCGUACAACUGAACGGGACAGACUUGUGUCUCGAUCUCUCUGGAACAUGUUCGUAUAUCCCCUCUACCUUCUACCACCUCCCCUCCGCCUCGGGCUGGAAAGCUGCCAACGGACAAGUGGCCACCUUGGCCACAUGCAAGACCUACCCGGCGACCUCUCCGGGCCAGAACUGGCUCUGGGACCAAGGACGCUUCCGCCUCGGUGCUGCCGACACCUAUUGCCUCGACAACAGGGACGGCAAGGGCCAAGUCAUUCAGAUCUGGGAGUGUAACCCCAGCAUGACGGGAAACCCGAACCAGGUGUGGACGUCCAUGUCCAUGUAUUGA